ACUUGCUGUGUGAAAACUAAUGGAUUUAUUUGUCAUCUUUUGGAUGUCUUUAUCCCACAUUCAGAGUCUCAGACUGGCAGCUGUACUGGAGGACUGUUUAGACCAGUUGGACAUACUGGGACAUAGUCUGACUGUGCAGAUCAGCAGGGAGCAAGGCACUGCAGGGGGACAAGAGAGAACCAGGCUGACCAAGCUGAGAAGAGACUGUCAACACAUCUGGCAGCAUGUUUUCAAGCUGCAUUUGGAGCUGGAGGAGAAGCAAAGUUUCAGCUGUCUGCUGCAGGUUGUGGAGGAAGUGGAGCAGAAGAAGAAGGCUGAGAAAAUGCAAAGAGAGGCAAAGAGAGCGCUGAAGCAGAGAGAGCAAAAUAUACUGAGACAACAAGAGGAGAUCAAACAGAAAACUGAGAAACUAGAGGACUUGAAAGAGGUCGCCAGAGAGCUGACACGUAAGGUGAAUCAGCAGUCGGCUCAGAUGGCUCACAGGAAGAUGAUUUUGGAGAAAAACUCUGAGCUACAGCUCCAACUCACACAAAAAGAGAGCAGCCAGAGUGAGAAACAGCUGGGGGACCAGCUAGAGCUUCUACAGAAACAGCUGAAAGAGGAGGUCAGAGUUCAUGAGGAGUCACAUAAAUUCCUGCAAAAUCAACAUGAGGAGUUGCAGCAGCAGCUGCAGCAGUGGCAGCAGCGCACAAAGCAGAUGCUGCAGGAGAAGGAGCAGCAGCUCAACAGUGUGCGCUGCAAAAGAACUGUGAACUUGGACAAACUGUCAGAUAUGAGGAGGAAGUUCAGGGAGAUGGAGCAAGUGGUGAUGGAGGACAGGGAGGAGCAGGAGAAACUGCGCCAACAGCAGGCAUUGGCCAGAUCUGCUAUCAAGCUGCAGGCCUGGUGGAGAGGCUGCAUGGUCCGCAAAGGCCUUGGCAGUUUUAAAAAAGCAGAGGACAACAAGAAAGGCAAGAAGAAGAAAGAAGGAAAGAAGAAAAAGAAAAAAUGA